UGGCCUCGAUCGUUACAUUUACCUGACGAACCUUAUGGGUGUAUUUAGUUAUUUAUAAGCCGAACUAUCCGUUUCCUGUGGGCGAAAUCUGAGGCAGACGUUAGAAUAGCAGUGUGCAAAUCGAACAAACCCCGUCAUCAUGUGUCGCUGGUUUCCGGUUAGGAAGUGUGCUGACCAACAAUUUCUGCUGGGAAACAUCAUUAGCUCUUGGACACCAGGCAAUGAAUAGUGCAAUUCUGGAAUACGACGAUAAGACUGGUCUGAUGCGCAAUGAAAAGGGUUGACUACUUGAGAACAGGAGAACAUGUAUUUUGAACAUGGACUUCAAAAAUACGGACAAAUCUCUGGAAGGUGAUGGGAGAUAUUCCAUAGAUUAUAUACCCCCAGUAAUGGACCAGAGAGUUCUGUCAGGUUGUGAUCUCAAGGAGGAUCACAAGAGGAAUCCUGAUCAAAACAACUUUGGUAACACUGUUAAGUGUGCAAAGGAUAGCGAACUGAGCCGCAACUUAGUAGGAACUACCAACAAAUUAAAUAUGACAAAUUCAGCGUCUGGGAGCAUUCCAAAUCACCAUAGUCAUCCUGUCGUUAAGCUUGAGGCUCUUGAUCUUGACAGUUGGAGGAAUGGAUUUUUAGAUGGAAAGGGAACAAAUGGAGAUUCUUCAUUUGAACACGAUCAUACUGCCACUUAUGAAAGAACAGAAUUUAGAAUGUCUGACAUAGUACAAAGAGGUUAUGACACGAAAACAAUCUCACUGAAAAUAGAUACGGAUUUGGAAGAACAAGAUCAAGAGACUUCAUGUGAUGAAUGUGCAACACUGACCAAUUUCAAGAGGGAGAAAAAGAAAUGUGGAAAAUGCAGUCAAUGCUUUUCAAACAAUACAGACAUACAGAUGCAAACAAUGCAUCACAAGGAGUAUACAUGUGAUGUAUGUGGUAAAUAUUUCCAUCAAUUUGAUCAGUUGAAAACACAUUUGAAAAAGCAUACAAAUAAUGUGAAAGCUAGUACACUAGCAAGUGUAAAAAGAGAUGAUAUGAAAGUUAAAAGCCAACUUUUCUUAAAGAAGUGUCAGUUUUGUGAUGAUGAAUUCAAAUCAGAAAAUUUACUCCUAAAACAUACAAACUCUUUCCAUGUCGGUCAUUCAUGUGACAUCUGCCGACAAUCAAUUCCGGGGAAACUGAUGUUGAAUUUUCAUAAACUUGCUCAUGAGCACGAGAGCAGAUCAGGCGAAUUCAUAUGUGAUUUAUGUGGAGAAAUCUUCAAAACGGUUGUCAGUUUUCAUACACAUUUGAAGAUUCAUGAGGAUAAAGAACGACCAUUCAGAUGUGACAUUUGUGGAAGAGGAUAUGUUGGAUACCGGAUGUUGAAGAGACACUUGCGUGAAAGUCUUCAUACAGAUCAAGCUUCACAGAAUAAAUCCCCUUUAUUUGAUAACCACACGAAUUCUCAAGCAAAAAACCAAAAGAGGAAAAAGCUGUUUAAAUGUGGGACCUGUGGCGGGGAUUUCUUAAAUCAAUGUAAUUUAGAUAAACAUCGUGAAACUCACUUCUCUGCAUCAUUAAUUCUUCCUUGUAGUGAUACGUCUGAUUUGAGUUGUGACAAGUGCGACAAGACAUUCAAAACCAAAUCAACUCUUAAAAACCAUAUUGACAAUGACCAUGUGACUAAACAUUGUACCGUUUGUGGUGAAGAAUUUCCGAAAGGGAAGAUGAAAAAUCACAUGACUACACAUCUAGAAAAACAGAGAUGUAAUGUAUGUGGGAAAUACUAUUCUGGAAUAGUAGGCAAAACCCGACACAUGCAGUGUCGUGAUGGACUGGUAAAGAAAAAGGAGAAAAAUUUCAGUUGCGAGAUUUGUGAUAAAACAUUUUUGUUGAAGAGAGGCUUAGUUCUCCACAGGAAGGUUCACGAAAAAACAUAUAUAAAACGGCAAAAGAAAGCCCCAAAUAACAAACAACUAUUAUUACAGAAGUGUCAGCUUUGUGGUGAUGAAUUCCAAUCACAAAAUGUACUCAAAAAGCAUACAAACUCUUUCCAUGUCGGUCAUUCAUGUGACAUCUGCGGACAAUCAAUUCCGGGGAAACUGAUGUUGAAUUUCCAUAAACUUGCCCAUGAGCAUGAGAGCAGAUCAGGCGAAUUCAUAUGUGAUUUAUGUGGAGAAAUCUACAAAACGGUUGUCAGUUUUCAUACACAUUUGAAGAUUCAUGAGGAUAAAGAACGACCAUUUAGAUGUGACAUUUGUGGAAGAGGAUAUGUUGGAUUCCGGAUGUUGAAGAGACACUUGCGUGAAAGUCUUCAUACAGAUCAAGCUACACAGAAUAAAUCAAAUUUAUUUGAUUACCACACGAAUUCUCAAGGGAAAAACCAAAAGAGGAAAAAGCUGUUUAAAUGUCGGACCUGUGGCAGGGGUUUCUUAAAUCAAUGUAAUUUAGAUAAACAUUGUGAAACUCAUUUCUCGGCAUCAUUAAUUCUUCCUUGUAGUGAUACGUCUGAUUUGAGUUGUGAUAAGUGUGACAUGACAUUCAAAACCAAAUCAACUCUUAAAAACCAUAUUGACAAUGAACAUGUGACUAAACAUUGUACCGUUUGUGGUGAAGAAUUUCCGAAAGGGAAGAUGAAAAAUCACAUGACUACACACCUGGAAAAACAGAGAUGUAAUGUAUGUGGGAAAGACUAUUCUGGAAUAGUAGGCAAAACCCGACACAUGCAAUGUCGGUAUGGGCUCAAAAGGGAGAAAAAUUUCAGUUGCGAGAUUUGUGAUAAAAAAUUUUUGUUGAAGAGAGGCUUAGUUCUCCACAGGAAGGUUCACGAAAAUACAUAUAUACAACAGCAUUUGGAAGCUCCAAAUAACAAACAACCAUUAUUACAGAAGUGUCAGUUUUGUGAUGAUGAAUUCCGAUCACAAAAUGCACAUCAAAAGCAUAAUAAUUCCUUUCAUAUCAGUCUAUUAUGUGACAUCUGUGGAAAAUCGAUUUCGGGGAAACUGAUGUUUGAUUACCAUAAACUUGCUCAUGAGCAUGAAAGCAAGUCAAGUAAAUUCAUAUGUGAUUUUUGUGGGGAAAUUUACAAAACGGUUGUCGCAUUCCAAGCUCAUCUGGAGAUUCAUGAGGAUAAAGAACGACCGUUCAGAUGUGACAUUUGUGGGAGAGGAUAUGUUGGAUACCGGAUGUUGAAGAGACACAUACGUGAAAGCCUUCAUACAAAUCAAGAUAAGCAGGGAACAUCCAAGUUUUCUUGUAAGGUAUGCAACAGAAAAUAUAGCGAUAGCAAUUUACUUGAAAAGCACAUGAAUUCUCACAAGGAGUCGCAAAAUAGACAAAAACUGUUUAAAUGUGAGACCUGUAACAGAGAUUUCUUGUAUCAAGGUAAUUUAGAUAAGCAUCGUGAAACUCACUUCUCAGCAUCAUUAAUUCUUCGUUGUAGUGAUACGUCUGAUUUGAGUUGCGAUAAGUGUGACAAGACAUUCAAGACCAAAUCAACUCUUAAAAACCAUAUUGACAAUGAACAUGUGAUUAAACAGUGUACCGUUUGUGGUGAAGAAUUUCCGAAAGGGAAGAUGAAAAAUCACAUGAUUACACACCUAGAAAAACAGAGAUGUAAUGUAUGUGGGAAAGACUAUUCUGGAAUAGUAGGCAGAACCCGACAUUUGCAAUGUCGUAAUUGGCUGGUAAAGAAAAAGGAGAAAAAAUUCAGUUGCGAGAUUUGUGGAAAGUUGUACAUGUCACAGAAAAGUUUAUAUUUCCACAAAAAGUAUCAUAACAACGAAAAACCUCGAAAACCACGCGUACGCAAAAUACUUCAACAAGCCAAGUUCAUGAAAAAGUGUCAAUUUUGUGAUAAAAUAGUCACGUCAGAAAAUGUACUCGAAAAACAUAUGGACUCUUUUCAUGUAGCUUACCCAUGUGGCAUCUGUGCACAAUAUGUUACAGGGAGAUUAAUGUUGGAUUUCCACAAACUUGCCCAUGAGCACGAGAACAAGUCAUGUGACUUUUGUUGUGAUUUGUGUGGAGAAAUAUACAAAACGGUGGACAGCUUCCGAACACAUCUAGAGAUUCAUAAGGAUGAAGACAAGACCUACAUUUGUGAAAUUUGUGGGAAAGCAUAUAAUGGAUUUCGUAAGUUAAAGCGACAUAUACGAGAAACUUUGCAUACGGAUGGAAAUAUGCAAGUGACUUCAAAGUUUUCUUGUGUUGUAUGUGGGAAAAUAUUUACAGAAAACAGUCUGCUCAAAAAGCACUUAAAAUAUCAUAGGAAUAGAAAAUUGCUGAAUUGUGGAACGUGUGGUAAAGAGUUCGUUUACCAAAGUGCUUUAGAUAGACAUUUAGAAACUCACCUAGGAACAUCAUCAACUCUGAAAUGCGACAAGUGCGACAGGACAUUCAAGAAGAAACACUUCCUUGAAAAUCAUGUACAGAAUGAACAUGUACUCAAAUCUUGCUACAUUUGUGAUAAGGAAUUUCCGAAAGGUAAACUGAAAUAUCACUUAGCCACGCAUCAGGAAAACCAAAAAUGUGAUGUUUGUGGGAAAAUUUGUUCCGGACUGAGAGGAAUCAAGCAACACAUGAAAUUUCAUCAUGCCUUAAACGGAGAAAAGAACUUCAGUUGUCGUAUUUGCGGAAAAAAAUUCUUAGUACAGAGAUGCUUAAAUCGCCAUAUUGACUUGCACAAAACCAGGUUCAGAUGUAAAAUAUGUGGCCAUGGUUUUUCAGUUCAACAGCAUCUACAGAGGCAUUUAACAGGAGUUCAUUUUAAACCCGAGGAGACAUGUCAAAUUUCCCACAGUGCAUUUAAAUCAGAACACUUACCCCAAACGCAUAUGAAUUAUGUUCAUUCCAUACACUCGUGUGAAACCGCUCACAAAACAAAAGCAGUGACAAUAAAUGAGUGUGACAAGGCUUCAUUGACAGAACACGCUCCGAAAAGCCAUGAAGAUAAGUUUACUCAAUCAUCUGACCUAUGUGAUAAAGAAAAACGAGACAUGAAACAUCCAAGUGUUACACAGCAGGCAAGACAGAUAUGUGAUAUUUGUGACCUGUAUUUUUCUGGAACAGAAGAACUCGAACGACACGUUGAAUCACAGCACAAAUAUGUUAUGAGUGAAAUGCAGAAAAGUACGACAGAAUGUUACGUUUGUUAUCGUUCUUUCCCAAGUGAAAGAUCUUUACAAGUACAUAUGCGACGUCACAGUACAAAAGCCUCCACUGAAAAAUGUCAACUUUGUGAAUCUACAUUCAAAUCUGGGAAUUUGCUUCAUAAGCAUAUAAACUUCUUUCAUACCAUGCACACGUGUGACAUCUGUGGGCAAUCCAUCCAGGGGAAGCGGGUGUUGGAAUACCAUAAACUUGCUCAUGAGCACGAAAACAAGUCACUCGACUUUCAUUGUGACAUAUGUGGAGAAAUUUACAAAAAGGCUGACAGCUUUCGAACUCAUCUCGAGAUUCAUAAAGACGAGGAAAGGCCCUAUGUGUGUGAAAUUUGUGGGAAAAUGUAUGUUGCAUUUCCCAUGUUGGCGAGACAUUUCCAAUUAAAAGAUUUUCAUUUAGACCGAAUGAAAGAUUUUUCCUGUGACAUUUGUGGAAAUGAUUACGCUGAAAGUCGUUUACUUGAAAAACACAAGAAAAGUCACGAAAGGAAGAAAACCCUUUUUCAAUGUGAAAUUUGUGGAAAAGGUUUCACUAGACAAAAUUCGUUAGAUCUACACAUUAAAAAGCACGAAACAAUAGAAUCAAGUUGUGACAAGUGUAACAAGACAUUCAAAUCAAAAUUCUCUCUUAAAAACCACAUUGAUAAUGAACAUAUAACUAAACUAUGUGCCAUUUGUGGUGAAGAAUUUCCGAAAGGGAAAAUGAAAUAUCACAUGACUACACACCAGGAAAAACAGGCCUGUGGCGUAUGUGGAAAAUAUUAUUCCAGAAAGGGGCUCGAAAUGCACAUGAAACUUCACAAGAGGGUUCUAAAGAAAAUAAAGAAAUUCAGUUGUGAGAUCUGUGAUAACAAGUACACGUCUAAGAUCGGCUUAAAUAACCACAAGAAGAUUCACGAAAAGUCAUCAAAAUGUAACUUUUGCGGUCAAUACUUUUCACGGAGUCAUUUACAAAAACAUAUAAAAAUCCACAGUCGGUUGUCAUCAGUUAGAUGUCAUCUUUGUGAUCAGACAUUCAGAAUUGAAAGCAGACUGCGAAAACACAUGGAGUCAUUUCAUGAUGUUCACUUGUGUGAUAUCUGUGGAGAGUCUGUCAUGGAGAAACGUUUGUUGGCUUAUCACAAACUUGCUCAUGAGUACGAGAGCCAAUCACAUGACUUCAUCUGUAAUACAUGCGGAGCAAUUUACAAAACGGUUCACAACUUCCGAACACAUAUUGCGAUUCAUAAGGAUGAAAACAAGCCCUAUAUGUGUGAAAUUUGUGGGAAAGCUUAUACUGGAUUUAAAGUAUUACAGAGACACUUGCAAGAGAAGAACUUCCACAAAAAUGUAACUUCACAGGAACACUCAAUGUUUACUUGUUAUAAAUGUGGGAAAAGUUACCGCGAAAGCAAUACCCUUGAAAAGCAUGUCUUGGAAGAUCACAAAAAGACAAGCCUAUUUAGAUGUACGAAAUGUGGCAAAGGUUUCUCUCAACAAAUAUCUUUGGAUCGCCAUUUAAAAAUUCACACAAUUGUUAAGUGCGAAGAGUGUAACAAAACAUACUAUACAGAAUAUGCUCUGAAAAAGCAUGUAGCCAACGCACAUGUAAAGGGCCCUUGUGAUAUUUCUAGUAAAUCGAUGAUUAAAGGAAGACUGAAAAGACAUAAAAAUACACACGAGGAAAAACAUCAAUGUGACAUAUGUGGAAAAUAUUAUCAUGGAGUUAAAAGUAUCAAAAGGCACAUUAAAUCUCAUACAAAAGAAAUACAGAGGUUCACUUGUAGGGUUUGUGGUAAAAAAUACGUGUCGGAGGAGAACUUUAGAACCCACACUAGAUAUCAUCAACGAUGGACCAGGUGUAGCAUAUGCAGUCGCUAUUUUCCGUGGACAUUUAUGCUUUUGAAGCAUAUGGCAACGCACAAUAAACAGAAACUCGCGGUGAAAUGUGAAUAUUGUGAUAAAACAUUCAAAACAAAAGGCGUUCUGCAAAAUCAUAUAAGGACAUUCCAUAGCCCUGAUUAUUGUGCUUGAAACACGUCUAUUAUACAUUGUAUGUGCUAAAAUGAACAUAAUGAUUGAAACCGGCAGUAUCUACAUCAAUCGUAUAAUUAUAUUUUGGCCUAGUAAAUGUUCGGGGAAGAGUUGUAUGGGUUUCAUUAUAAGAUUCACUGGUACCCAAUACGCAAUCUCGCAGCUCCUUUGAAUAGUGACACUGGUUAUAUUCUGUUCCUUUCAACUGUAAAAUGUAAAAAGUUCAAUUUAAAAAAAAAACACCAAAAAACCAAAAAAAACAUCACCCCACCCCUACCCCAACCCAACAUUUCUUCAUUUUAAUAUAUUUGCUUGGUCACUGAUUGGUGCAGUUUCACAUCCAAUAAUCAUUACAUUAUACUGUAUUUCUAGAUUCAUAUGUAAAAGUGAUAUUUGCUUCAUGUCUAUCUAAAGCAGCAGAGGUCAAAAUGUAAAUAUACAAACAGCUUAUUCUGAAAAACCAAAAAACUGAGUAUAUAUCAUCAGCAGCAUACUGUGAAAAGAGCUAUACAAUGUCUUCAAACUAUUGGUCGACCUAACUUGGUCAUAUCUAUUAAUCAGUAAAUGUAUUGCUACGUUCGUUAGUAAGGUAAUAUAAUUUAAGAACAUAUUUUUAACGUCAGGAUGCCCUUGGCACCUGCCGUUAUAGUCGUGGUGGGUAAAUUUUGUUAGUCACACUUGUUUCUGGAUAACAACUUCUCUUUUCUGUAAUACACAAAUGAUAUACAUCCGCAGUCUAAUAUAGUGCCUAUUUUGACAUAAAUUAUUCACACGAUUUAACUAAUGGUUUCCAUUGUUUACUGAAAUUAUUUAAAGGGAAAUAUGAAUGUUUGGUAUUCUAGACUAAUUUAGAUUAUAACCAUAAACAUUUACUCACCAGUAUAUGCCAUUUUGUUGGCGUAGGAUUACGUAGUUCUGUCUCAAUCCUGCCUUGAAAAGUUUACACGCAGCUUUACUGAUUCAGAAGUACAAAUGUAUAUCAAUAAUUUUCCACAAGUACAAGACAGAGGAAGAACCAUACUCAGCUAUUGGAAAGUUGUCAGCAGAUAUAUAUAUGUUAUACUUGUUUUCUUUAAUAUAUAUAUUGAAUAGGAAUAACCUGAUUAAGACAUUUCAUCUAAUUAAAAUGUAGUUGUCUGACAAUAGAAUACAAUUUUAAAUUUAUUAUUAUAUGGCCUCAAACCCUGACGUUUUAGGGCCUUUGGCCCUUUGAUUUAUUUAUUUUCAAAUGCAUCACACAAUUUAUGCAAUACUCAUGUAUCAUAUAUCCUUGCAUACAAUGUAUAACUAAACAUGAUUGUUUGAAUCAAAUGAUCAACAAAGUUUUUAAUAUAACCUUGUAGAUAUCUUGAGAAAGUGAUAUGUAUGUAAAUUAUGGGCACAAGCGCAUAUACGUGUCAUGACCUCUAUUAAGGGAAAAAGUGUAAUUUGAGGCCCGACGCAACAGGAAAAAAACAAGCACAGAAAGGUGUAAUGACAUUUAUAAAUGAAAAAAAGUGUAAUUUUAGGCCCGACUCAACAUGAAAAAAAAGGGGGGGGGGGGGGGGGGAACAUGCACAGAUAGGUGUAAUGACAUUUAUUAAGGGGCAAAAGUGUAAUCUGAGCUUGUUUACAUUCAUGAGCAGGAUUAAAACUAUAUAGAACGAGGUCAGUGUCAAAAUGUGAUAUAUUGUAUCUAGCUGUUGGAGCUGUCGGAUGUAGUUCUUGUAUGAGGAUAAUGUCAGAAUUGCAGCCAUUGUAGCAUAUGAGUGUUUAGCUGUUCUUUAUUUUUUUUCUUCCUUUUUUUCAAAAUAAGGAUUUUGUGUACUUUUAAUUCAAAUUAAAUAUGAUUUUUCAGACUAUUAAAAUUUAGUUCUACUCUUAAA